CAACAACGUCAAUUUUAAGUUGGAAAAGCAAAACAAGACAGUUGAGAUGGCAAAACACCGAGGAACCAGCUACGGUGCGCUGCAAACCCCACAGCAGCAAAAGGUCACCUCGGGGUCGUUGCCGUCUUCGUCAAUAGAUGGCCGGCCCGUCAGCCGAGGCCAUGAUGAUGCCGAAGUCGGCGCCUGCGGUGACCAAGAUGCACCAGAGUCAUGCCGGCCUGGUGAUGGCGAGACGUGGGCAAAGGUGAAGGAUUUUUACACACGCAACCUGGGAUUACUGUUUGUGUUUCUUGCCCAGGGGUGUGGUGCAUGUAUGAGCGUAGCCGCCAAGCUCCUGAUCAACGACGACUCGGGUUCCUUCAACGCUCUGCACGUCAUCUUUGUGCGCAUGCUCGCCACCGCCAUCCUGGGCCUCUUGUACAUGUGGUGGAAGAGCGUCCCCGACGCGCCGUUUGGCGACCGGUCCGUCAGGGGUCUUCUGGUGCUCCGCGGCGCGAGCGGCUUCACGGGCCUGUUGGGCUUGUACUAUUCGCUCUCGUACCUGCCCCUGUCUGAUGCGACGUUCAUUUCCUUCAUCAUCCCGACCAUUACGGCUAUUGUCUGUUUUGUAUUUUUGAAGGAACCCAUGACCAAGCACGAGACUUUUGCGGGCGUGCUGGCUUUCACAGGCGUGCUGCUCAUCGCGCGCCCUACUUUUCUUUUUGGUAGCAGCAGCAGCAGCAGCAGCAGCCCGAGCCUAGACGAGGACCCAGCUGCGGCGGCGACGGCGGCGACGGCCAAUGUCUCGGGGGAUUACUUCUUCUCCACGUUGGCCCCGACGCCGCCCGCAGUGUCCCCGACGCAGAGGACGCUGGCCAUCAUCGGCGGCGUCGGCGGCUGCUUCUGCGCCGCCACGUCGUACGCCACCAUCCGCGUCAUCGGGAAGCGCGCGCACUCGCUCGUCAGCGUAAACUACUUUGCCAUGGUGGCUACCGUCGGUUCGGCCGUGGCCAUCCUGCUGCAUCCGGAUUUGGAGUUUGUGUUUCCUGAUCGGCUUAGGCAUUGGCUUUUGUUUCUUCUCAUUGGAGUCGCUGGGUUUCUGCUGCAGUUCCUGCUCACCGAGGGGCUGCAGAGGGAAAAGGCAGGGCGUGCGACGAACCUCAUAUACACCCAAAUAGUAUUUGCACUCGUGACUGAGCGUAUAAUCUGGGGCACGGUGCCUUCCUCUUUGAGCCUUGUCGGUGGCCUCUUGAUCAUAGUAGCCGGUAUCUGGACCACGCUUCAGAAGCAGAGCGGGACGACGGUCAGGGCGGCAAAUACUGCCAAUGCCAGGUCGAGUACGGCGCAGCCGGACGAAGAGACCGGGCUGCUUGGUGCAACUUCAACGGACUCGGAUCGGAGGACAUGA